AGUCAGGAAAAAAAAGAAUGAGAUACGCCGUCGCUACUCUGCGCGCAAAUACCAGGUUAUUUAACCGUAAGCGCAUCUGUCAGUACCCUCAAUUUAAUCCUCGAACUCCACGAGGGUUUCACUCACUAACCUGUAGAUACUACUCCCAUGAGGACACGGGACCGCAUACAUCUGACCCACGGUUAGAAGAGCUGGGGAAAGUCAUUGAAGAUGAAUAUGCGGUGAUUCGGGAUAAUUAUGCCACCCCAAAGCAUACCAUUAUCCUGGCGCAUGGGCUUCUUGGGUUCGAUGAACUGCGCCUUGCUGGCCCUUACUUCCCCGGUGUUCAAUACUGGCGUGGCAUUAAGGAAGCACUUUCAGUGAAAGGGAUCGAAGUCAUUACCGCUACGGUACCCCCUUCAGGAUCUAUUGAAGCACGGGCCGAGGAACUAGCAAGAGAUAUUGCUGCUGGCGCUCGGGGGAAGGCUGUUAACAUUAUUGCCCAUAGCAUGAGCGGGCUUGAUUCCCGAUAUAUGAUCAGUCAUCUGCGGCCGAAGGACUUCAAAGUCCUAUCCCUGACGACCAUUGCGACUCCUCACCGAGGCUCGGCGGUCGCAGACUACAUUCUUCACCAGAUCGGUGAUGAGCGUCUUGCUCAGUUAUAUUACGCUCUCGAACAAAUGAAGUGCGAGACCGAUGCAUUCUCUCAGUUGACACAGGAGUACAUGGAAAAGACAUUCAAUCCUACGACCCCUGAUGUUAAAAGUGUCCGAUACUUUUCCUAUGGGGCAUCUAUGCAGCCAAGCCUGUGGUCUAUCUUUCGUCUAUCCCAUAGGUACCUUGAACAGGUCGAAGGCCAUAAUGACGGGCUAGUGAGCGUUGCCAGUAGCAGGUGGGGAGGAGACGAUAGUUACAAAGGCACCCUCAUGGGCGUGAGCCACUUGGACCUGAUUAAUUGGACCAACAGGUUGAAGUGGCUGGUUGGUGAUAUCACAGGGAACCGACGAAGGUUCAACGCCAUCGCAUUCUACCUUGCCAUUGCAGACAUGCUUGCUAAGGAGGGCCUUUGAUGUAAUUGUCAUUGAGAAUAUUGGUGCCUAGAGUAUAUACCAGUCGUAUAGUGCUCAUGCUCGUGUCAAGCAUCCACUAAAAAAAAUCACGGAAGGUGGCGGUGCGACUUCAAGUUGUGAGGGUGGCUUAGACCGCGGUCGGCAAACAAUGAAUGGGCCAGACCCUUUGGACGAUCCAUUGGCAGUCAAUCACUUUCACUCUAAGGGACAGGAGGUACUAGAUAUUCAGUACGGAGAGUACGGAGUAGA